AUGGAGCUUUCAAACAACCAAGUCAAUGGGCUGCAAGGCACUGACAACUUGAAGUAUGUUGGAGGCAACAUGUUUGAGGAGAUUCCUCCUUCCGAUGCAAUUUUACUGAAGAGUGAUGAAGAAUGCGUGAAGAUUAUGAAGCAAUGUAAAGAAGCCAUUAAAGGAAGAGAAGGAGGGAAGUUAAUUAUCAUAGACAUGGUGAUAGGAAGCGGCGAAAAAGAUAAGGAUGCCAUGGAAACGCAACUCUUCUUUGAUAUGCUGAUGAUGGCCUUAGUUAAUGGUCAAGAGAGAAAUGAAAAAGAAUGGGCUAAACUCUUUUUCGAUGCUGGUUUUAGCGACUAUAAGAUAAAACCCAUGCUAGGUUUAAGAUCCAUCAUUGAGGUUUAUCCUUAA